CCAGCAGUGGAAGAGGCGGAGGGAGGCUGAGGAUGGAGCUCAUCCUUCAACUUCUGCCGGUUUGCCGCUCAACUUUCUACUUUCCCUAGAAAAGAUCAAGGCGCUCUUCUCCUGGAGUGGGAAGCAGAAAGCAGGACCCCUACAGUGAUAGUGGCAUUGGAAGAGGUCCUCAGAAGGGCCUGGGGGGCCAUGUCCCUCAUCCCGUGGCUCCGGUGGAACGACACCCCUCCCCGGCUCUCGGCCCGGAGCCCAGCCGAGAUGGUGCUGGACACACUCAUGAUGGAGCUGGCUGGGCAGAUGAGAGAGGUGGAGCGGCAACAGAGGGAGCGUCGCAGUGCCGUCAGGAAGAUCUGCACAGGUGUGGACUACAGCUGGCUGGCGAGCACCCCCAGGCCCACCUAUGACAUCAGCCCCGGUGAGCGGCUGCAGCUGGAGGAUGUAUGUGCUAAGAUCCACCCAUCCUACUGUGGGCCUGCCAUCCUCAGGUUCCGACAGCUGCUGGCCGAACGAGAGCCCGAGGUGCAGGAGGUGGCGCGGCUGUUCCGCUCCGUGUUGCAGGAGGCCCUGGAGAAGAUGAAGCAGGAGGAGGAGGCCCAUAGGCUGACCCGUCAGUGGAGCUUGAGGCCCCGCGGCAGCCUGUCCUCCUUCAAGACCCGCGCUCGCAUCGCGCCCUUUGCCAGUGACAUCCGGACCAUCUCGGAGGAUGUGGAGCGUGACGCGCCACCCCCGCCGCGUACCUGGAGCAUGCCGGAGUUCAGGGCGCCCCAGGUCGACUGACCACCCAGGGCAAUCACCCUCAGGAGGAAUGACGGGCUGGUGACUCCGUCACCAGCGCUGAAACCUCCCCACCUACCCCAACCAGGAGACCCAUCAAGCAACACUGCUAGACCAUGGGAGCCAAGUACCCAGUGAACACACCUGCUUGGCUACAGGGUAGAGUCAGAACUUGAGCUCCGUGUCUCCCCCCAAAAGGUCUCCAUUUCCCAGCCUGAUGUUGGAGCAGGCUCCUCCCUAUUUCCUCUGUCUGGAACAAGGAACAAGAGUCUCCCUCUUUUGCAAGGUCCACAUACUCAUCCCAACUUCUAGGAUGCCCCAUUGACCCUAUCCAUUCAGGGCACCUUUACUGGUCACCAGAUGACAUUCACUGCAGGGGACCUCAGGCCCAGGACAGCUGGUGGGAUCCACCAAAGACUGUUCAACCCAC